AUGCUCAGUAGGCCGUGCCAUUGCCCUGUUUGGGCGCGUGUUGCAGCUGGACCAUGUGGAUGUGGUGGCCGUGGGGCAACUGGGGAUUGCAUGGCUGGCGCACUGCUGAGGCGCCUCACAAUGUGGGCGCGUAUCGAGGGAGAGCAGGGGAGAGGCGCACACUGCAGAUGCUCUGCUAUUACUCGCCCCUUACGGGGCUGCUGGGGGGAGUGGGCGGGGGGAGGGGCGAGGGAGGGGCGGGGCCUGUGGGGAGGGCAGUGUGAUGUGCUCACUCGCUCCCCCAGUGAUGUGCUCACUCGCUCCCCCAGUGAUGUGCUCACUCGCUCCCCCAGUGAUGUGCUCACUCGCUCCCCCAGUGAUGUGCUCACUCGCUCCCCCAGUGAUGUGCUCAGUCCCCCCCCUCACGCUACAACUGCCUCUGCUGCUGGGCUUGCCAUGGGGAUGGGCGUGGGAAGGGGCAUGGGCGGAGGCGUGGGGGGAGGCGUGGGGGGAGGCAUGGGGAUGGGUGGGGGAAUGGUGCCCACUACAUAUGGUGUGGGCACAGUUAUGGGCGCAGGUAUGGGCGCAGGUGUGGGCGCAGGUGUGGGCGCAGGUGUGGGCGCAGGUGUGGGCGCAGGUGUGGGCGCAGGGGGCCUGGAGGGGGGGUGUGCGGGGGCGGGCAUGGUGGCGGCGGAUGGGGUUGCGGGGGCGGGGGGGAGAGGUGGGGGGGCAGUGACGGCAGAGGGGGAAGGGGGCAGUCGGAUACAGGCCGGAGGAGUGGGGAUGGGGACACUCUCUGAGCGGGGGCGUGGGGGGGAGUGCAGGGCGGAGGGGGAGGAAGCGGAGUGGGGAGGGGCACCACACCACGAGACAUGGUGGAGGUAUUGUCCCCUCCCCCCCUCCUCCCCCCUCCAGGCGUUCACAGCUGACGGACGAGAACCCUCCCCCUCCCGCUCAGCCACAUGCCAUAAGGUGGAGGCGAGCACAGCAGAGCUGGAGGCGGAGGAGCCGCACUUGAAGGAGGAGAACGAGCACAGAAUCACCCACUUACCCACCUCUCCCCAUUCGUUUUGCAUUUCUUUCGUUUCAAUUCAGACGCGCUCAUUUGCGGCCAUUUGUGCGCCCCCUGCUGCUCUCCUCGCCUCUCAUCUUCGCCACUGCUUUCAUGUGCACCUCCUCCCCCGUCAUCGUGCUCUUUAA